UCCGCAAUUUAAAUAGAUGAAAUGCACAGUUUACCGGGAAGUGCUCGGUUUAAGAGUACCCCUGCAGGACGAGUUGAUGCCACACAGAAGCCCUCUAAUACCGGGGAGGAAAUAUCCGGGCGGAAAGAGGAAAUAGCCAAGAAGGAAAGUCAACAAAAACGCCUCUACUUUUACCAGAGCGAGCUUCAAAACAUGGCCCGAGAAUUACCGGGUAAAUAUCAGCAGCGACUCCCGUAUGACCUUCUGUCAGGCCUGGCUAGCUCCUUGCUGGAUGGUACGGUGUUUGAAAUUGUCCGCAGUCUACAGGAAGUCCAACAGUUAGAGGAGAGACAUCUCCACACACAGAGAGUCAAACUCGUCAAUGAUCACAAAGCACAGAGACAUGAGCUGCAAAAGAGACACAAAGAAUUACUACAGAGUUGUCAGAUGAAGCCUCACAAUUUACCCAUAGUGGAGGCUCAGAUUGAGAGAGAGAAAGAGACGAUGGAGAAGAGAUGUGAAGAAGAGGUGAAGAAGAAGGACAUGAAGAUAAUCAUGGAGCUGGAUCAGAAGGUGAUGGAUCAGCAGGUCAUGUUGGAGAAGGCGGGAGUUCCGGGGUUCUACGUCACCAACAAGAGCAUUGACGUCAGACUACAGAUGUAUCUCCUGGAAUUUAUCACAAGGAUGGGACAUAUGCAGCCACCUUGAAGCACAUAUUAGAGAGUUAUUAUUUUUUAUUUAUCAUCCCAAAAUCUAUUUAUCAGUUUUGAUUAUGAAGAUUGAUGAAUUUUGAUGGAAUGUUGGAUUCAGAUCUAUAGAAUUUUUGUAAUGAAGUUCAGUUCCACUGAUAAUAUAAAAUGUAUUCCCAGCAUUCAUUUUUUGUCUGUAGAUUUUUUUAAAAGCAAUUUAUUCAGAAUCAAUUUAUCUUUGAAAAGUAAUGAUUGUCAGCUCUUUUCAUAAGCAUUUCGCUUUUU